AUGGUGAAAGGGGGAAAAUUGAGGAAUCGGAGUGAAACACUUGAGAUCGAUACAUCUGCAGUGAGGAUCACUCGCGGAUCAGUCGUGCUUGAAGAUCCAGAGGUGGAAUUGGUGAAACAACAACGUAAUCUCAAAUCGGAAGGAUAUGGAACUCACGGUUCUGCGUCAAAGUCAUCGGAAACUUUCGACAGUCCGUUAAGUCUUCAAUCGUCCGAUCACCCAGGUUUGAUGAUUGUUGCUCAUGAUCUUGAUGGAACGAAUUACAAUAGCUGGUCUAUUGCGAUGAGGAUUAGUCUAGAUGCUAAGAACAAACUCAGUUUCAUUGAUGGAUCCUUACCUAGGUCAUGUGAUAGUGAUUACGAUUUCAAGAUCUGGAGUAGAUGCAAUAGUAUGGUGAAGUCAUGGAUUCUCAAUGUUGUGAGCAAGGAAAUCUAUGAUAAUAUCUUAUACUAUCAAGAUGCAGCAGAAAUGUGGGAUGAUUUGUUCACAAGAUUUAAAGUGAAUAAUCUACCAAGAAGGUAUCAACUCGAACAAGCUGUAAUGACUUUGAGACAAGGUCAACUUGAUUUAUCAAGCUACUUCACGAAGAAGAAGACUUUGUGGGAACAGCUAGCCAACACUAAGUCUAGAAAUGUGAAGAAGUGUGAUUGUGAUCAUGUCAAGGAGUUGCUUGAAGAAGCUGAUACGAGUCGUGUGAUACAAUUCCUCAUGGGAAUGAAUGAUGAAUUCAAUAGUAUCAGAAGUCAUAUACUGAACAUGAAGCCUAGACCAGGAUUGAAUGAGAUUUAUAACAUGUUGGAUCAAGAUGAGAGUCAAAGAUUAGUGGGAGUUUCUUCUAGGCCAAAGCCACCUCCUACUGCUUUCCAGUCUCAAGCGGUGAUUCCGGAUCAAAACUCAAUUCUGAUGGCUCAAGGAAACUUUCAAAAGCCCAAAUGUUCUCAUUGUUCUCGAGUUGGUCUCACUACGGACAAGUGUUACAAAAUUCACGGAUAUCCGCCUGGUCAUCCAAGAGCUAAGAAGAACAAUUAUGUUGGAAGUACAAACUUGGCGAAUACUGGACAGAUUGAGGAUCAGAAGGAUCAAAUGGGGACAUAA